CUAACCAUCAUGCCGAGCGCAGCCAGCCGCAGCCUGAUCCUCGGCGUCGCGAUCCUCGCGCUCGUCGGCCGCUUCGUCUACGACCGCCUGAGCACGUUUGGCUUCUUCCGGACCGGCGACCUGGUCAACAUCCACGGCCUGACGGCCCUCAAGCACAUCGAGGGGACGACCAACGCCGAGGACCUGCACUACGACCCGGGCAGCGGGCUCAUCUACGCCGCGGCGCAGGCCAAGGACGUGCGCAACGGGUGGUUCCCGCCCCUUGCGCGCUUCGACAGGCCCGAGGACGCGGUGGCUGGCGGCGGCAAGCUCAUCGUCAUCGACCCCAAGACCUUUACAUCCAAGGACCUCGCGCUCGAGGGCUUCACCGGCGCGUUCGUCACCCACGGCAUUGACAUCCUCCAGGACCCGAAGCGCGCCGACGCGCUCUACAUCCACGCGGUCAACCACCUGCCCAACCCCGGCUGGCUUGCCUCGCGCGACAUCACCAUCGAGGACAAGGGCAACAGUGUGAUUGAAAUCUUCCACCACGUCGUCGGAUCCGACAGCGCACAGCACGUCCGCACGGUGCAGCACGAGUCGAUCCGGACCCCCAACGACCUGUUCGCGACUGGCCCGACGUCGUUCUACGUCACAAACGACCACCACUACCGCGACGGCCCGCUGCGCCACGUCGAGGACCUGGGCUCCAAGGCCGUCACGCCGUGGACGGACACGGUGCACAUCGAGGCCGACCCGAAGCAGAAGGGCAAGGAGGGGAUCACGUCCCAGGUCGUGCUCAGCAAGAUGCACAACAACAACGGCCUGGGCCACACGACCAACCCGAAGGAAAUCAUCAUCUGCGACGCCGCCGGCGGCGUGAGCUACGUCGCUGACAUCCAGGCGGACCGCACGCUCAAGAUCAAGGACGAGCUCAAGUUUGCGACGACGAUCGACAACCCCUUCUGGUUCCAGGACCCGUACCCCGAGGUCGGGGGCGACAAGUCGGGCAUCCUCAACACGGGCCUGCAGCGCGCGCACUUGCUCGCGCACGAGAUUCACGACGACAACAGCGCCAUGGCGAGCGCGGCGUGGCUCGCCGUCGGCAAGCCCGGAGAGCGCAAGUGGGCCAUCCAGCAGCUGUUCGCCGACGACGGCAGCCAGCUCCGUUCGGCGUCCGCCGGCAUCCUGCUCGCCAUCGACCCCAAGACCAACGCCGGCAAGAAGCAGGCCUGGCUCUUCCUCUCGGGCUUCUCGUCGAAGAACGUCGUCGCGACCAAGGUCGACCUGUAGUGCGGCCGCGCGCCGCUCGGAUGAAGAAUAACAAUGUUGAUG